UUUUUUUUUUUUACUCUUUGCAUCCGAAGCGGUCUCGUUAAAGAAGGACGUCGGAGUUUGUGUUGAAGUGCCCCACUGCCUCAAUUCCUAGAUGGGUGAAUCAGGUCCACGGCGCUCCACGCUUGUUUCUCGCCUGCCUAUCUUUCGCCGCAGCAGCAAUAAGAGGCAGGACUCGCUACCCUCCUCUCCAUCUUCAGGCGGUGUGGGAAAUGGUGUCCACACCUCCUCUCCCUCCAGCACCAACUCCAGCUCCGGUAGCACAGGGAAGCGCCGGAGCCUGUUCCGCACACCGUCGCUCAGUUUUACAGCAAAGCGCAACAGCGAGCCACGUGUCCAGCCCAUUAACAUAAACCUCACACCUCCGCUGCCGCAGGGUACGGAUGCAAAUGGCAACAACCAGCAGAUGGUCACGACAUCAUCAUCGAUGGCCUUCAAUGAUGGUGGUGGACGCUCCAAGACGCGCCACUCAUUUGGGUUUGGAAGCCACAGGCAAAAGAAAAUCACGCGUUCUCAGACCGAGGAUUUUGACAAGGGCUCCUCCUCUUCCUCCUCCACAGCCAAUCGUAAUGUGUUCAUCAACUGCAUCAGCAGCUCGGGGACCAACGAGGGUGAUGAUUCUGGUUUCCUCGACGACUACAGCAGCGGAAGUAAUAACAACAAGAGGUCGUCACGACAGAAAAAGCAGCUGCUUCCCAAAUCCUUCUCAGCUCACCAUCGCUUCUCCCGGACCUCUGAUCACCACAGACCCCCAGAGGUAAAUCUGGAUCCCCCUACAUCCACUAUGGUCACUCCCAGUGCGGGGGGACUCUCCCCAGGGUUGUGGCCGGGAGAGCUGGUAGGCGUCGGCGGGGAGAGCUCGCUCCAGUCUCCGAUGAUAUCAGAGGACCGAACCACAGCUGUCACCCCUUCAGAGUUCAUCCCCAUCACAGAAGACUCGGUCUCGGAGGUAGAUGGCCUUCCAGCUCCCAGCCCUGGAUCGGGUUUAGCCCCAGUACCUGCCUGCAACCAUAGUCAGGCUGCUGAACUGGCUCCCCCCAACCCUCCACCUGCUCCUGACAACUUCAGCAUUGCUGUGUCUACCUCCCAGGUGUUUUUCACCCCUGCUCAGUCCAGUGCCGACAAACCCUUACUUCCCGAUGCUAGCACAGCCAACAACACAGACUAUGAAACUGCUGUUUCCCUCUCCGAGCCUGAAACAGCUGUAACUUGCAUGCCGACAUCGCAACAAUCACCGGAAGAGAGGAAGGAGAGGGAAGAAGAGAGGAAGGAAGCAAGGGAAGAGGUGCCAGUUGAGAAGAAGAAAGGUUUGGUGGAGGAGAAAGCAGCUGGUUACCAGACUGAGACAACUAGCGAGAGCGAGAUGUGUGUAGUGCACAGCGAGGGGUGUCACUCUAACCCGGAGCAGUCAGAGAGGAAGACCAGGAACACACUCUCCCUCCAGGAAGGAGGAAGAGGAAGUUGCUGUGGCCGUCAUGAACCCAGGUCCUCGCUUCUGAGGAAGCCUCACACAGCCUCUAUGUGUAGCAGUGUCAGCCCUUAUCACGAGGUGAUGCGGAUGGAGAGGCGUCUGCGCUCUUCGUCUGAGGGGGCGGGCGGUCCUCGUAUCCAUGGGAACCACAGAGAUGCCCCUGGCAGUGACGGAUGUGGUCUGCUGAAACAUAGGAACAACUCCUCCUCAUCCAAACUUGGAAGCCUGGAUGUGCUGAACAACUUGGGUUCCUCAGAACUGGAUGAAGAUGAUCUGAUGUUGGACCUCGACCUGUCAGAUGAUCAGCGACAUCGACACGUGUCCAGAGAGGACUCCAGCCAAUCCUUGGCCUCUUGUCUAAACCUGCUCCCCUCACCCAUGGACCCAUCAGGAGAUCGAAUUCCAGGGAAAGAUUCCAACCACAGAGAGCCCAGCCGUCCAACAAGCCUGCUGCCUGCUGAAUGGAGCUCAGGGCUGGCUUUAGGGAGAGAAGACGAGCCCUUACCUUCAAGCCUGGAGGCCCUGCCACUAAGACUAAUGCAGCAGGACUGUACUGCUGUCAAAACCCUGCUGCUACGACUGAGACGGGCACUGCAGGAGAGCACUGAAACAAGUCCCGCUAGCAGCCUCCAAUCUCUACCCAUCAGCCCUUGCAGUGAAAAGUCACUUCCAAUUAAGGAUCCAAGUAGAGAGGAGGCCCUACUGCAACAGUUGAGGGAAAAAGAUGAGAUCAUCCUCCGACUCCAGACUGAACUGGAGAGUGCCAAAGCCACCACGAAGACAAAAGAAAAACAAAUGAUUGACCGCACAACACAGACUGAACUCACAGGUCCAGAGGCCAACCAUCAAGGCCGAUGGGCCGGGCUAGGCAGCAGCAACAGCAGCCUGGCUCUAAGGGACAGAAGGGGACCACGAGUUGCGGGGGCAGCUCUCAUAGGGGACCUCACUAGCCAGCAUCUCCCCCACCACUACCCAACCCCGCACAGCCGUCCCCCCACCUCUGAAAGACAUGCUGCCAGAGAGGAGCGCCACUGCCAGGGGGCACCGGGGAUUGGUGCACAUCCAGCCUCGGGCGCCUUCAACCCACCGUCCACUGCCUCCUCUACCACCACCUCAGCUCUCACUCCAGCCCAUAAUCACCCAGCCAUUCCUUCAGUUUCCCCAAGGCAGCCAGAAGGAGGAUUCUCCUCCUCAGAAUCCCUAACUCCAGGAGGAGGAGUAGGGCUGUCGGGGGGAACAAGAAGGGGAUGGGGAGUAGAGCACCCGUUCCCCAGCCAAAUUCCUCGUGCUGUGGGGGGAGUCGGGGGCAGCGCCUCCUCAAGCCUUCACAGUCUUACAAGCCGAGGGAGCCCCUGUCCAAGCAUUUCCUCCUCUGACAGAGUCUCUCCUCCGCCUCCCAACCCGCCCUCCACCUCCUCGUCCUCCUCGUCCUCCUCCUCUUUUUCUUCUUCUUCAUUCACUGGUCGUUUAGGGCAGCCUCCACGAGGCCCCCUGUCUCUGCAUAGUUAUAGUCGUAAAAAUGUCUUCCUCCAACACUCUCUGCAUACUGCUGAACUCCAAGCCCUGGCACAAAGAGACAGCUGAGGGAUGCCAACCUACACCUGUGCAAGCACACACACGCACGCACGCACACACGCACGCACGCACGCACACACACACACACACACACACACACACACACACACACACACACACAUGCAUGCAUGCACACACACACGCGCGCACACACACA